ACCUUCUUCACAUUUGGACAACAUUUCAGUAAUUUCUCUGCCCAUUCACAAAAGCCAUCAAAACCAUGCCACCCAAUCUCCAAAACCAUGACCUUCUCCAAGGAAGCCGAACCCCCGAAUCUGUAUACAAGACCAUCCACUCCUUCAUCACACAAUAUUGCAAGAUGGGUAAGUUGUGGUGAACAAAUGGCCAUUCGUUCUAAAUCCAACACUAGUUCUGGCCCGUCAUCAAGAAUUAUUUCGUCAUACGUGCAUUUCUUAAAGCCCCAAAAGCGAAACCUUUUCAACUUUGGUGAUUGUAUCAUCAUUGGGAGCAAAUUUGACCUGUUUUUCCCUGCAUAUAUAAUGCAUAAUGAACCGUGAGAUUAACACGAAGAACUUGGACAACAACACGAGGCAACUCAUUAGUGAUGCACUACUAUCACAUUCAAAACAGAAUCCAGACGGUUCAUUCUCAGCUCAGUAUGGGCAGAUUACCAAACUUGCUUCAAACUUCAAAGUUUCUAGGAAAACUGUCAGUAAAAUCUGGGCAAUUGCAAAGAAACAAUUAGAGCGGGGGGCUGCCAUUGAUGUGAGUAGCAAGAUUGCAGGAAAUAGUGGAAGAAAGAGGGCUGUUCUGGAUUUAACAGUUGUUGCAGACACUCCCCUGAGGAAGAGGACUAAUCUGAGAGCAUUAGCAGCAGCAAUUGGGCAGCCUAAGUCGACAGUUCAUGAGUGGGUUAAAAGAGGUAUGCUUAGGAGCCAUUCUAAUGCUAUCAAACCAUAUUUAACUGAUGCAAAUAAGAUCACAAGGCUGAGGUUCUGUUUAGAUCAGGUUGACCCUUACACCAUGGGUAGUGUGCCUAAGUUUAAAACAUUUAACAACGUUUUACACAUCGAUGAGAAGUGGUUCUUUAUAUCUAAAACUUCCCAGAGGUUUUACCUCUUUCCAGAUGAAGCAGACCCUUACAGAGCAUGUAAAUCAAAAAGAUUCAUAGCCAAAGUCAUGUUCUUAUGUGUGGUUGGGAGACCACUUUUUGGGGAGAAUGAAGAGGUGUUGUGGGAUGGGAAAGUGGGGAUCUUUCAUUUCACAGAAAGAGUCAAAGCUAAAAGGAACAGCAAGAACAGGGCAAAGGGGGAGGUGGAGGUGAAAGCAAUCACCAGUGUUACCAAACAAAUCACAAAAGAUAUGCUAAUCAAUAAAGUCAUUCCAGCUAUCCAAGAGAAAUGGCCAUCACAGUUAUCCAAAGAAAUACACAUUCAACAAGAUAAUGCAAGGCCACACAUCCAAGGAAUAGACUCAGACUUUGUGGCAGCAGGUAACACCAAUGGGUUUCACAUCACUUUAGGUAAUCAACCCCCCAACUCCCCUAACCUAAAUGUGUUGGACCUUGGAUUUUUCAGAGCAAUUCAGUCUUUAAAAGAGCAAUGUGCUCCAAACACAGUAACUGAAUUGUUAGAGGCAGUGGAAGGAGCAUACAGUUCUCUAAGGCCUGAAACCCUAAACAAGGUGUGGUUGAGUUAUCAGCAAGUAUUAACUAAAGUCAUGGAAGAUGAAAGAGGUAACAACUACAGGCUGCCACAUAUGGGGAAAGACAGUCUAGCCAAGGCAGGGAACCUUCCUAAGUCAUUGACCAUAGACCCAAGCCUAAUUCAGAAGACAGUUACAGUUCUUGGACAGAAUGGGACUAGCAAUGCAGACAUGGGUGAGUUCAACACUGAAGAGGAAGAAGAAUAUUUGUCUUCAGAGUUGAACUGAUUCUAUGGGUGGUUACCAUUUUUUUUGGGCUGUUACUUUUUGUAAAUGGUAGCCACAUUAGCAGAUUAGUUUUUGCUUUUUGUAACUAGACACAAUCUGCUGUAUAUGUAAGUUAAAUGCAACAUAUGGUUUUCAUAUGCCCUUUCCCACACCAUCAUUAUACAUUCUUGCACUCACAUCAAGGUAACUACACACAAUCUGCUCUAUAUGUAACUUAAAUGCAACAAAUGAUUCUCAUCAGCCCUUUCCCACAUCAUCAUUGCUGAUUUGGUACUCAGAGUCAUUCACAUACUUAAAAAAUGCUCAUCACAGUA